GCGGAUCUGAUCGUGGGCUGGCUUUGAAUGAGCAGAUAGCUGAUAUGUCGUGCUGUUGAGUCACAAAAAUCGCGGAAACUACGCUGGAUACUUGAGUAUAUAUAUGAACAGCUCUUUUUUCAGGCUGUCAAAACCAGAGAUUUUCUGUAAGAACAGCUGAGAGACGCUGAGAGAGAGAGAGAGAGAGAGAGAGAGAGAGAGAGCAGGCGCAGCUGUUCUCAGAUCAGCUCAGGUCUUUUUUUGAUAGCUUCUUUUCUGGAUCAGGAGAUGGCUCCUCGCGAUUUUGAGGAGGAGACAUUUAUAAUUAUAAGCUGUUUAUUUCAGGACGAGAGGGACACCUUCUUAGAGACUGAUGGUCCUGAGGACGAUGACUCUGACGCAGCGCGGAUAGCUGCUAAACUCAGAGAGCUGGGAGAUCACUACGAUGAGACUGUGAUCCAGCCACUGAUUAAAGAAGUGCAGUCAGCCGCCAAGGAUCAGGUGCUGACUGCUUUCAGUAACAGUGUGGAGACCUUGUGUAAAACAUGGGUGGCGGAGAGACCGGAGGUCGCAUCUGAGAAGCAGCUCCUGAAGGCCUCCAUCACUCUGGCACUUUACAUGAAGAAGAACUGUCCCGACAUGACCAGAACCGUCCAGUCCGCCAUGAACAGCUUCAUCAACAACCGACUGGCCAACUGGAUCAUUCAGCAGGGCGGCUGGGAGCAAGCCUCUUCCUGCUGAGAUUCACCUUUCACCUCCUGAACUGUUGAACAGCAGAAGCCACCACACCCUCCUCAGGAAUUCCUUUGAAACCGGAUAAAGACACAAAUCUGUGACAUACAAAAACUGUUUUUAUUGUUUAAGACUCUUACAGACAAACAGUGUGCUGAGUGAAUGAAUGUGAGUGCAUUGGGUGGUGAGCAUGUGUAGGUUUUUUUUUUUUUUUUUAGUUUAUACAAUUUUUUAAUGUUUUGUAAAAUCAUGAAAAUCUCCUAUUCUUUUUAUCACAGCCAGCACUGAAUCAUGCCAGUUUAAAUCAUGGUGUCUUAAACUUUUGUUGUGUUGUUUUCAGUGUUCAGCACUGUGUGAUUGUAUGAUUUAUGAAGCCAUUUAGACAAAUAAGUAGGGGUGUAUCAAAUCGCAGACUGCAGGAUGCACUAUAAAAUAAUAAUAUGACGGUGCCUCAUUUUUCUUAGCCAUGUUUUUAAGUAGAAAAGAAAUAGGUGAGAAAUCAUUACAGCAAAUAUUGAUAUGGAAAUUUAAAAGUACUUUUUUUUUUAUCAAAAUCUGGGCUUCCUAGUAGGGGUGUGUCAUAUCGUAUUGUACUCAAUAAGAUCUGCAACACUUUGGAUAUUGUUAUUUAAAAAAAAAUACUCUUGAGGAAUCCCCCUGUUGCAAGUCAUGUCGAGCCAAACCGAGAAAACUGGUGAAAGUUGGAACCAAAUAUGAAACAUAUAUUGUGCACAUUUACAUUCUGACAAAUACAAAAUCUCAUGUAAUGCCUACCUUAUUAUCAGGUACUGUAUUUUUCACACUAUAAGGCGAACCAGAUUAUAAGGUGCACUAUCAAUAAACAACUAUUUUCUGGUCUAUUUUUCUACAUAAGGCGCAUUUUAUGUGACACUAUUAACUAGUAAUAGGAACAGGGUGCCCCUGGGUGGCGAGACCUGUAAAGCUAAGCUAAGCUAAGUAAACAAAACAGUAAACAGUAAAAAAAAAAGUUUCAGAAAAGUCAAAGAAGUUAAACUAGGGCUGAAUGUUAAUCUACACAGAUUUCUCUCCUGAAUACGGCGGCCAAAGAGCUAGUGCUUAGCGCGGUUAGCGGCUAAUGUUAAUACUGCAGGAGAACUAAACUGAAACUCCUGUAUAACGCUGUACUUCAGUGGAGUGGCUUUACUGCUCUUUACAACCUGACUGGUAAAUUUAUACAUAUGGUGCGCGGGAUUAUAAGGCGCACUGACGAUUUUUUGGAAAUUUAAAGUUCAAAUAAAAUUUUAAGUGCGCCUUAUAGUGUGAAAAAUACAGUACGUUUAUUACUGACAAAUAUCAAAUGAAUAAAAAAAAAAUGUAAGAAAUGCAAUAAUUCCAAAAUGUCCGACAAAUGGCAACAUAAUAUCUAUGUUCAACAUCUAUGUAGACAAAGCUUGUGACAAUCACACCUUUAUCUAAAUUACCAAAUUUACAUGUAAAGCAUAGAUAGCACUAUAGAGCCACUGUAUAAACUCUAUAAACCUCAAUACAGAAUUCAGACCAGAUGUCAGACCAAAAGAUGUCCCUAAACUCGUGCCAAUGUGUCAAUUUUCAUGCGUUUCAUCUAUUAUAACCUCCUCAAAACAGCAAGCAUCCUACAUCCUAUUUUGAUGUGGUAGCUCAAGCAAUUAAACUGUCCGCCAUUUCGUCCUUGUUUGAGAUGUCAACAAUUCUUUCUCAAAUUAUCAUCCUAUAUGUUUGAAGUUCACUGCUGCAGUAGUAUAUUCUUUAAACUAUUAUUAUCAUUAAUUUUUAAAAGGGAAUGUUUUGUACCGCCAGGACUUUUCUAUUGUUAUUGCAAAAAUACCCUGAAAUAUUGUGGUAUUUAAAAAAAAAAAGGGAAAUAUCGUCCACCCUUACUUCCUAAUGCUGUAACUAAUGUGUUAGCUUCAAAUUGAUGCACUAGCCACAAGCCAACUAAUACAAUAUGUUGUGUUAAUGCAUCCCUACAGUCAUGAUAUCUAUCUUUGUGGUGUGUAUGGUACUGUAUGUAUGCCACUACAGGAGGUCAGUUGAAGGAUCAGGGGAGAGCAGCACACAAGCUCUGACAUUUUGGGUUUUUGUUAAAUCAUUUAAAUUAAAUAGAAGUACAAUUGGAUAACUAAAGGUACAUGUUGGCAAUACGAUAAUAGGUGAAUUGUAUAUGAAUCAUAUUGGCCAUCCUUCUGAGCAUAUACAUAUCAAUAUGUAUAUGUGUCCACAGAAAGAUAAUACCAUUUGUGUCAGUGUGGUGUGUGGUGUGUCAGUGAAGUUUGUGUCAUGCUCUCCUCUUGUGGUUGGUGUUGUUUUAUUGAAUCACUGAGAACUUUAAGAACCAGAAGGUGCUGUAUUUCUCUCAUCAUUGCUGUAGAACUUUGUUUCUUUUCCAAAUGAGGAAGAAGACGGAGAAAAAAAAACAUUGUUUUAAA